CCCAGCCCGCAGUGCCCCGCUCCCGGCACCAUGGGUGGCAAGAAGGUUUGCGUCGUGGGCUCUGGCAACUGGGGCUCGGCCAUCGCCAAGAUCGCCGGCAGCAACACAGCUCGGCUGGGCAGCUUCGAGAGCCAGGUGAACAUGUGGGUGCUGGAGGAGGAGGUGGGCGGCCGGCGGCUCACGGACAUCAUCAACACAGAGCACGAGAACGUCAAGUACCUGCCGGGGCACAAGCUGCCCCCCAACGUGGUGGCAGAGCCAGACCUGCUCAAAGCCUGUGCAGGGGCUGAUGUCCUCCUGUUCGUGGUGCCCCACCAGUUCAUCGGCAAAGUCUGUGACCAGCUCAAGGGCCACGUGAAGAAAGAGGCCAUUGGGAUGUCACUCAUCAAGGGCGUGGAUGAAGGACCAGAUGGGCUGAGGCUGAUCUCAGACAUCAUCCAUGAGAAACUGGGAAUAGAAAUGAACGUGCUCAUGGGGGCCAAUAUUGCCAAUGAAGUGGCAGAAGAGAAGUUCUGUGAAACCACCAUUGGCUGCAAGAACAUGAAGCACGGGCAGAUGCUGAAGGACCUGAUGCAGACCCCCAACUUCCGCGUGUCGGUGGUGCAGGAAGCUGACACUGUAGAGAUCUGUGGGGCUCUCAAGAAUGUGGUGGCUGUCGGGGCCGGUUUCUGUGAUGGGCUUGGCUACGGUGACAACACCAAGGCUGCUGUGAUCCGCCUGGGCCUGAUGGAGAUGAUUGGCUUUGCCAAACUCUUCUGCAAGGGCCCUGUCACCUCCUCCACCUUCCUGGAGAGCUGCGGCGUUGCCGACCUCAUCACCACCUGCUACGGGGGCCGCAACCGCAAGGUGGCCGAGGCUUUUGCCAAGACUGGGAAGUCCAUCGAGCAGCUGGAGAAGGAGAUGCUGAAUGGGCAGAAGCUGCAGGGUCCCCAGACAUCUGCUGAGCUGCAUCGAAUCCUCAAGAGCAAGAAUGCAGUGGAGAAGUUCCCCCUCUUCACGGCUGUGUAUCAGAUCUGCUACGAGGGCAAACCUGUCACCGACUUCAUCACGUGUCUGCAGAACCACCCUGAGCACAUGUAAGGGGCUCUGCCUGCAGAGCACAGGUCCUGCUGAGAUGUGCUGAGAGCUCCUGCCCACACCAACCUCAUCUGCUGCCACAGCCUUGGAAGGAGUCUGGGUCUCCUGGGAGCCUCUGCAGACUGCUGGAAGAGCAGAGGUUCCCUUCCCCAGCCCCAGACACUGCCCUGGACACUGAGCCUGGCACAGAGGUACCUGCUGACCUCUUCCUCUCUUUGAAGGGCUCAUUUAAUUGCUGCUGCCAAGGUUUGCCCUGAGCAGGGCUGAGCAUCUUCCUCCUUCCACUUCCUCACAGUGGAUUCAGCUCUGGGAAGGACUCUGCCAGGCCAUCCUGAUAGAUAAGGGCUGGGCACUGCCUGGCAGGGAAAACAAGUGUCCCAAGUCUUCCUUCUUAGCCCCUACGGGUGACACCAGCUCUUCCCUACCUGCUGCUGCUUUUGCAUUCCCUGUCUGGUGGAGAGGGCACAGUCCCCUGCCAGGCUCCACCUGCUGAGUGGAGCUCUCAGGACUUCCAAAGGCACUGAGGAUCUUUCUAAGCAGCACCAGCACAGACAAUGGCAUUCCCUGCCACCCAGCCAUGUGCUGCUUUCCUCCAGCUGCUCCUGCUGACCCAGGGACACGCUGGAGCUUGUUUAGAGCUUUUUCUCUCUCCAUCAGACCUGGCCCCAGCCCGGGGGAGCUCCCCUGUUGUCACAGGAGGAAGGAGGUCUCACACUUUCCCUCAUGUGGGGAUGCUGCAAGCUGCCCUCUGGCAUGGGGGCAGGAAUUGGCAUAUGAUCCACAACAGGUACAUGGAGAUGUCCAACAUCCCAGGACAGAACAGAGGUCUUGGGCCUGACACUGAGCCUGUGAAAUUUGCCCCUUGUCCGGACAGGUGCCACAUGUCCUUCUGCCCCUCUGAGCUGUUUGCUCAGGCCAGAGUGUCCAGCAGUCACUGAUCCUACCUGGGCUGGAAGGCUGGAAUGCUGCAAGGCUCCCUGUUCUCCCCCUUCAAAUCCCAGAGCCAAGGGGUCUCUGACUAGCAGUGUUCCUUUGAAAUAACAAUAAACAUGGAGAGGAGAUGGGA